AUGGCAGAUGCCAGAUCACGCAAAUUGUCAAUGGCCUCACUUGCAUUGAGGCAGGCAUCCCCUCUUAUCACUCCAGCCACACUAGAAGGACCUUCCAAUGCACCUAUAAGUUGCACAAGGGUUGAACUCCAUCCAGAAAUCCUCUGGCAGCAAGAGGAUGCUACAAAACUUGAUCACCAGCACAGAUAUCUCAUAGGCAACAAUGCCAGCAGCAGAUCUCAACCCCCAGCACUCCACAGACUACUGGAAAAGAACACAGGGCAUCUUAUCAGCCAUCUAGAUGCUUGGAAACAAACCAUGUUGCAGGAUGUGACACAAGCAGUAGAGAGCGCAAUUCAGUGCCUCCUGACUGUCCCCAGCAGCACAGAUCCACACACACUUCCCAGGAGAGUCUUCACAGUCAAAGACAACACCCCCAAGGCCCCUUCUGGCUCAGGCAGCUCAGGCAACAAGGACUUCUUAGUCCCUAUCAUGGAUGAACCUGACCCAAAAGGAAAAAGGGUCAAACUGGAGUCACCAGAACCACCUAAAGCAACCCCAAACACCUCCUGGACAAUCCCACACACCCAGGAACACUUUAACCCCAACCCAGGGCAGCCCUUCAUCAGGCCAACACCUGUAGAUCUCCCAAGCACAUCUCAAGCAGCAACAAGUAAUCCCCUAAGCAAAGGAUAUCUAUCAGCGCAACCAGGAGAAACAGAUGAAGAAAAGGAGGCAAGAACGCUACACAACAUUGCUACCAUCAUGGGCAGAGCCUUAUCUGUCCCACUUCAGAGCAUCUUCAGGGGACUGUCCCAAACUCCUGGCCCAGCCCAAGUCAAAUUGAAAAUCCCUGCUCCUGAGAAGUACAGUGACAAGAAGGGCCCUGCAGCCAAAUCAUUUAUCCUGGAUUGCAAAACCUACUUCCUUAGCAAUGCUUCCUCAUUUCCUUCUGACCACAAUGGACAACCCAAGAAGUGGGGACAGAUCUAUUCAGAGAAACUGCUGAAUGGGGAUGACAAGCCAACCUUGGAAUCCUGGAAUACAUUUGAAACAGCAUUCUUGCGCCACUGGAGCAAUCCAGCAGCAGCACAAAUUGCAGAACAAUGCCUGCACAAGCUCAAGCAGCUGAAAUCAGCAAGUGAUCAUGCCACAGAGUUUAGAAUCAUAGCCAGCAAACUAGAAUGGUCAAACCCUGCCCUCAUUGCCUCCUUCUGCCAGGGACUCAAGGCAGAAGUCAGAAGUAAGCUAAUUGAGUACACCCUGCACAAGAACAUCACUGCACUGGACAAGUUUAUCUCUACUGCCUGUCUAAUUGAUGACACACUGUUUGAAGUGCGCAAGGAGCUAAGAAAAGAUAGCAACAGCAGCACCAGUUCACCACAACACCCUGCUCAAGGGCACUCAAGCAAUUUUGUUUCCAAGCAGGUUCAGGAAGCAAGAAGAAACACUGGAGAAUGUUCCAAGUGUGGAGAGAAGUCUCACAAAUGGGAGGACUGCAAGAAUGGAUGGCGCCUCAAAACAAUAGAACACUCUAAGCCUGAAUCAGGAAAGGCUGCAGAAGUAGAAGAGCUGGAAUUGCUUCCCCAAGCAGGAAAAGUCUGA